AUGGCCGGUACAAGGAAUUACGAUUUUUUGAUCAAACUGUUGUUGAUUGGUGACUCGGGUGUCGGUAAAUCAUGCUGUCUGCUGCGAUUCAGCGAGGACUCAUUCACUCCGUCGUUCAUUACCACUAUCGGCAUUGAUUUUAAGAUCCGCACUAUCGAACUCGAUGGCAAGCGCGUGAAGCUUCAAAUAUGGGAUACGGCUGGGCAGGAGCGAUUCAGAACAAUUACAACAGCUUACUAUAGAGGAGCAAUGGGGAUUCUCCUGGUUUAUGAUGUCACUGAUGAACGGUCAUUCCAAAAUAUCCGCACAUGGUUUUCCAAUGUGGAGCAGCAUGCGAGUGAAGGUGUUCACAAGAUACUCAUUGGCAACAAGUGUGAUUGGGAGGAGAAGCGAGCAGUAUCGACCGAGCAAGGCCAGCAGCUAGCUAAUGAGCUGGGUAUUCCAUUUCUAGAAGUCUCGGCCAAGAACAACAUCAACAUUGAAAAAGCUUUCUAUGAUCUUGCUUCAGAUAUCAAGAAAGGAAUGGAUUCAUCAAAGUCUGAGCAGGUCAGCUCUCAGGGCGUUAGUAUAGACCAGCAAGGUUCUGGCUUGAACGGCAACACAAGCGGAAAGUGUUGCUAA